CACGCACACACGCACAGCCACUUUGGUGCAGCUGCUGCCCGAAUCAGCCAACAUGGAGGCAGCAGACUUUGCCGGUCGAUUGCAGCUGUUGGAGGCGCAAGUUGGGGAUCUGCAACGUCGAUUGGAGUCUGUGUCAAGGGAAAAAGUUCCUGAGGCAGCGCCCGAUGUGCAGAAACGCUUGCAAAGCUUGGAGGAAUCCAUGAACCUGCAGCGCAGCUCCAACGACGAGCGCCUGAAGGUCUUAUCCUCCGAGCUUCAACAGAACACAAAGACAGUGAUGCAUCAGCUGGAGCAGCACUUGUCCACCAUAGAAGAGGCCACAAAGCAGCAGUCGCUGCAUACCGAGAGCACCUUAAAGAACUUGGCCAAGAAGGUGGAGGACAGCUUGCAAAAUGCAGCCUUGGAGAUUAGCGAUGCAGCGUUGCAGAAUCUCUUGAACCAGGCAGAAAAGAUGAAACGACCUCGACCAAUGCCGUUUGAACAUCGGGUGGUGCGACAGGUGUCCAACGAGCCUUGGCAGGGCGCAGGCGGUGCAGGCAUUCGCUCAAUGUCUCCAGCAGUGGUCCGGGGUAUGACUCCGGUGAUGUCGGUCCCAGCAUUGAGGGCUGGGAUGCCAAACUCUCCAUCUACGGCCUCUCUCAGGGCUUUGUCACCUGAGACGAUGGUGGCCAUGGCCCUGCAAUCGCCGCGGGGCGACAUUGCUCGUGGCCCGACGGCAAGCGGUGGCCGAAGUUCUGAGCCCAUGAUGCGUGGGCCUGUGCGUCCAGAUGCUCCAAGGCCUACGUUGGUCAACGUUCCGCAGCUAUCUGGAGCUGCAUCUCCUCCUUUUGGGAGGCUGCAGUCCUCGCCUCGCGGGGUCCCUCCGACCUGGCUACAGCGAGCACCUGCGGCGCUGGUGCCACGUGGAUGAGGUCUCAAUGUCUGAGAGAGCUGUCAAAGCAACAAAGAUUUUCAGACAAUGGCAUCUACACACUUCGGAAAGGUGAAUUUUGUACCAAGCUAACUAGAUUGAAUGUAAAACCUAAAUGUGAGGGACAUUCCAGGCUGGCUGUAAAAUCCCUUACCAAGCUUGCAUGAGCUAAUUCGAUCAAAAUGGAUUCUGGAGUGGUCUUCAAUUAAUUACAUCGUGGCUUACGAUCUAACCUCGCAAGCUUCUGCUGCGCGACAUGACUAAAUAUUUUUGGUGUGCUGGUGGCAAGAAUCCUCACCUGCACUCUGCGGG